AUGGAUCCCCCAGCCAUGACCAAUGAAGAGAUUAGGACGGAUUUUCUAACCCUAGCUCAAGCCAUGACGGCUCAAGCUAAUCGAGAUGUGGGGCCUAAGGUGAAUGCUAAUGAGAGUACCGUGGCCUCAAGGUUGAGAGACUUUGUGAGGAUGAAUCCUCCGAUAUUUCUUGAUUCUAGAGUGGGAGAGGAUCCCCAAGAAUUCUUGGAUGAAGUAUAUAAGAUAGUCAAUUCUAUGGGGGUAACUUCUAGGGAGAAAGCGGAGUUGGCUUCCUAUCAAUUGAAAGAGGUUGCCCAAGUGUGGUUCACUCAAUGGAAAAGCAAUAGGCCUUUAGAAGUGGGUCCUAUAGAAUUGGAGGGGUUUAAGGGAGCAUUCCUUGGUAGGAAGAGGCAUCAUGGGAAGUGCCUAGCCGGUACUAGUGGGUGCUAUGGUUGUGGAAAGCAUGAUCACCAAGUGAGAAAUUGUCCUACUCUUAUGGCUAGAAGAAGGGAGGCCAAACAAGCUUCUUAUGUUGGCCCGGAUCCUAAUGCUCCAAAGAAGAAUCGUUUUUAUGUACUUCAAGCCAAUGAGGGCAAAUGA